GCCCCUUUUUUCGUUCCCCGUUGAGAUCGUUAUUCUCCCUUCAGCUUUCAUCUUAAAUUGCGGGGAUGUCGGCCGUGACAACCAAGAAGGAGUCCGAACUUUCCGGCCAGAUCGAAGACUUCGUGAUGCUCCUGAAACGGGGUGGAAAGUUGCCUCGUUCAGGGGAGGUGGCCCGUCGGACGGUGGGGCUGCUGCGGAAGAUCGUGGCGAACUGGCGCUGGGACAAUGCUGGAGAGCUAAUGAACCUGAUUCGUAAGGAAGGUAAGAGAAUGAGUACAGCCCAACCAUCUGAGACCACUGUAGGUAACAUGGUGAGACGAGUGUUGAAGAUAAUUCGUGAAGAAUACAGCAGGCUCCGAGGACGUAGCGAAGAGAGUGACCAGCAAGAAUCCCUGCACAAACUUCUGACCUCAGGAGGUCUCAGUGAGGAUUUCAACAUCUGCUAUCAGCCACUAAGGGCCAAUAUUAUUGAUGCUAUUAGAGAACUGUUGCUUGAACUGGAGAGCACUACUGAAAAUAUUUCCACCCAGGCUCUGGAGCACAUCCAUUCCAAUGAGGUGAUUAUGACUAUUGGUUAUUCGUGCACAGUGGAGGCUUUUCUGAAAGAGGCAGCACGUAAAAGGAAAUUUCAUGUCAUUGUGGCUGAAUGCGCACCCUUUUGCCAGGGCCAUGAAAUGGCUGUCAGUUUGUCUAAAGAGAAUAUAGAAACCACUGUCAUGAGCGAUGCAGCCAUCUUUGCUGUUAUGUCUCGAGUCAACAAGGUUAUCAUUGGAACAAAAACCAUCUUGGCCAAUGGGGCAUUGUUAGCUGUCAGUGGAACUCAUACUCUGGCAUUAGCAGCCAAACACCAUUCCACCCCUCUCAUUGUCUGUGCACCUAUGUUCAAACUCACACCACAGUUUCUAAAUGAAGAUGAUUCAUUCCACAAGUUUGUCUCCCCACAGGAAGUGCUGCCUUUUACAGAAGGAGAGAUUCUAUCAAAGGUCAAUGUUUACUGCCCAGUGUUUGACUACGUUCCUCCAGAACUUAUCACACUCUUCAUUUCAAACAUUGGAGGCAAUGCUCCUUCCUAUAUCUAUCGUCUCAUGAGUGAACUUUAUCAUCCUGAUGAUCAUGAACUUUGAAACUCUGAGCUGUGGACUUAAUUUAUUCCAGCAUAAAUGGGUGAUAUAACAAAUGCCAACCUUUUCAUUGAGGAAAUAGUAACUAAAUCAAAUAAACUACAUAAAAUGAAA